UUUCAAAUUGAGGCGCCGAGUCGUUGCUGUUUCCGAGGCUUCGGGCGGAGACGAUAUUGGUGGUUCUGAGGCUCCCGCUAGUGCGGGACAGGCGCCUCGGUCAGUCAGAGCCCCUGGUGGAGAGCGGAGACGUCGAGCUGCUCGCGUGGCUUUCCGCGGCCACGUCAGUACGCGGCGGGGGAGGUGGGCACCCAGGCCGCGCCGACCGCAGGGCCCCUCCGCGCCCCACAGCUCCCGAGUCCACAGCCAGGCCUUGACCUUCGCGCGGGGAUCGUCAUGGCGUCCCAGCCGAAUUCCUCCGCGAAGAAGAAAGAGGAGAAGGGAAAGAACAUCCAGGUGGUGGUGAGAUGCAGACCAUUUAAUUUGGCAGAACGGAAAGCUAAUGCCCAUUCUGUAGUAGAAUGUGAUCAUGUACGAAAAGAAGUUAGUGUACGAACUGGAGGAUUGGCUGACAAGAGCUCAAGGAAAACAUAUACUUUUGAUAUGGUUUUUGGAGCUUCUACUAAACAAAUUGAUGUUUACCGAAGUGUUGUUUGUCCAAUUCUGGAUGAAGUUAUUAUGGGUUAUAAUUGCACUAUUUUUGCAUAUGGCCAAACUGGCACUGGAAAAACCUUUACAAUGGAAGGUGAGAGGUCACCUAAUGAAGAGUACACUUGGGAGGAGGAUCCCUUGGCUGGUAUAAUUCCACGUACUCUUCAUCAAAUUUUUGAGAAACUUACUGAUAAUGGUACUGAAUUUUCAGUCAAAGUGUCUCUGUUGGAAAUCUAUAAUGAAGAACUUUUUGAUCUCCUUAAUCCAUCUUCUGAUGUUUCUGAGAGACUGCAGAUGUUUGAUGAUCCCCGUAACAAGAGGGGAGUGAUAAUCAAAGGUUUAGAAGAAAUUACAGUACACAACAAGGAUGAAGUCUAUCAGAUUUUGGAGAAGGGAGCAGCAAAACGGACAACUGCAGCAACUCUGAUGAAUGCAUACUCCAGUCGUUCCCACUCAGUUUUCUCUGUUACAAUACAUAUGAAAGAAACUACAAUUGAUGGAGAGGAGCUUGUUAAAAUUGGAAAGUUGAACUUGGUUGAUCUUGCGGGAAGUGAGAACAUUGGCCGUUCUGGAGCAGUUGACAAGAGAGCCCGGGAAGCUGGAAAUAUCAAUCAAUCCCUUUUGACUUUGGGAAGGGUUAUUACUGCUCUUGUAGAAAGAACACCUCAUGUUCCUUAUCGAGAAUCUAAACUAACUAGAAUCCUCCAGGAUUCUCUUGGGGGACGUACAAGAACAUCUAUAAUUGCAACAAUUUCUCCUGCAUCUCUCAAUCUUGAGGAAACUCUGAGUACAUUGGAAUAUGCUCAUAGAGCAAAGAACAUACUAAAUAAGCCUGAAGUUAACCAGAAACUCACCAAAAGAGCUCUUAUUAAGGAAUAUACAGAAGAGAUAGAGCGUCUGAAACGAGAUCUUGCUGCAGCCCGUGAGAAAAAUGGGGUGUACAUUUCUGAAGAAAAUUUUAGAGCCAUGAGUGGAAAACUAACUGUUCAAGAAGAACAGAUUGUAGAAUUGAUUGAAAAAAUUGGUGCCAUUGAGGAGGAGCUAAAUAGGGUUACAGAGUUAUUUAUGGACAAUAAAAAUGAACUUGACCAGUGUAAGUCUGACCUGCAAAAUAAGACACAGGAACUUGAAACCACUCAAAAACAUUUACAAGAAACUAAAUUACAACUUGUUGAAGAAGAGUAUAUUACAUCAGCUUUGGAAAGUACUGAGGAGAAACUUCAUGAUGCUGCCAGCAGGUUGCUUACCACAGUUGAAGAAACUACAAAAGAUGUAUCUGGUCUCCAUUCCAAACUGGAUCGUAGGAAGGCAAUUGAUCAGCACAAUGCAGAAGCUCAGGAUAUUUUUGGCAAAAACCUGAAUAGUCUGUUUAGUAAUAUGGAAGAAUUAAUUAAGGAUAGCAGCUCAAAACAGAAGGCCAUGCUAGAGACUCACAAGACUUUGUUUGGUAACCUGCUGUCUUCCAGUGUCUCUGCAUUAGACACAAUUACUACAACAGCACUUGGAUCUCUCACAUCUGUUCCAGGAAAUGUGUCUAUACGUGUUUCUCAGAUUUCUAAUAGGAUAUUAAAAGAACAAUCAUUAGCAGCAGAAAGUAAAACUGUACUUCAGACGUUGAUUGAUGUACUUAAGACUGACCUUCUAAAUUCACUGGAAACAGUUUUAUCCCCCACGAUGGUGUUUAUACUGAAAAUCAACAGUCAACUAAAGCAUCUUUUCAAGACUUCAUUGACAGUGGCUAGUAAGAUAGAAGAUCAGAAAAACGAAAUGGAUAGCUUUCUCAGUACACUGUGUAAUAAGCUACAUGAACUACAAGAAAAUACAAUUUCUUCCUUGGCUGAAUCACAGAAGCUAUGUGAAAACUUAACUGAAGACCUGAAGACAAUUAAAAAAAUCCAUUCACAGGAACUUUGCCAGUUAAUCAAUCUUUGGGCAGAGAGAUUCUGUGCCUUGGAGGAAAAGUGUGAAAACAUCCAGAAACCACUUAGUAGCAUCCAAGAAAAUACAGAACAGACAUCUAAGGAUAUAAUCAGCAAAACAGCCUCUCAGAGUACACAGUUUUGUGCUGAUUGUGAUGGCUUGUCACAGGAACUCAGACGCUGUAACCAAGAAGGUACAAAAUUGGUUGAAGAGUCUGUGAAACACUGUGAUAAACUCAGUAGCAACCUUGAAGUAGUAUCUCAAGAGACUGAACAGAGAUGCGAGGCCCUGGACGCAAGCACGCUUGCUUUUUCUGAACAGUGGGUAUCUUGCUUAAACAAAAGGGAAGAAGAACUUCAGAACUUAUUGGAGGUUAUAAACCAAGGCUGUAAGGCUGCAAGUUCAGAGAUAACUGAAAAAUUAAAUGGACAUAAGGCAGCUAAUGAGAACCAGCAUAACACUUUUUUUGGUCAGAUAACUACUGACGAAGAAAAGUUAAUGGCACAAAGUCUAGAACUUAACGAAACCAUAAAAAUGGGUUUGACUAAGCUUAAUUGCUUUCUACAACAGGACCUGAAACUGGAUAUUCCAACAGGUACGACACCACAGAGGAAAAAUUACCUCUACCCAUCAACGCUGGUGAGAACCGAACCACGUGAACAGCUCCUUGAUCAGCUGAAAAGGAAGCAGCCUGAACUGUUAAUGAUGCUAGACUGCUCAGAAAACAACAAGGAAGAGAUCAGUCAGGACUUGGAUGAAGAAAAGUCAGUUCUAGGGCACUCUGUUGAAGAACUUCCAGGUCAAGAGCCAUCUAUAGAUGCUAGUGUGGAUUGUUCAUCAAGUGGUGGGAUUCCGUUUUUCCAGCAUAAAAAGUCACAUGGAAAAGACAAAGAAAACAGAGGCAUUAAUUCAGUGGAGAGGUCUAAAGUGGAAGAAACUACAGAGCAUUCUGUUACAAGGAGCAGACUACCUCUACGAGCCCAGAUAAAUCUUUAGUUAACUUGAGGGAUUGGUGAUUCUAUUUUUAAGAAAAAUGAAAAAUAAAACCUGUAACUCCAGAA